AUGCGAUUCAUCAACUUACCCCCUGAGUUACUUCUCAACAUCGGCGAGCAUCUUACCCAAAAGAAAGACGUCAGCGCUCUAGCUCAGACCAACCGCCACCUGCAGCAAGUGUACGAGCCGCUACUCUAUGGACGCGGAAAGCAAGACACGGCGACUGCUGACUUGCGCUUGAACAUCUCCUGCUGUGCUAGCGCGCAUGGCGAAGUGGAAGCACUCAACAAACUCGUCAAAUUCGGAGCCAAGUUCCCGACUAAUGAGUCCGAGGCUAAGGAACUGAGGUGGUUCACUAUGAAAUACCACCCGGUCUUCAUGGCUGCCAGGAAAGGCCAUCUUAAGAUUGUCAAAUCUUUUCUUGACCGAGGUUUUGAGGUUGAAUGCAGGGACUCCAAGGGUUGCUCGCUGUUUCAUCUGGCCGCGACCCAUAACCAUAAGCGUAUCGUUUACGAGCUGCUUGCAAGACAGGCGAACGAAUUUUCCUCGAAUAAUGAUGGCCUGACCAUCUUCGAUCUUGUUGACAAAAUAAAUAUGAGCGCUGUCAUGCCAGCCCUGAUCAAGGAUGGAUGGGCCUUCGGCUUAGAUCCUCCUUUGGCAUAUAAACUGUGCCGGGCAGUUAACUGGGAAAUAUGCGAGCUUCUGUGUAACUACGGUGCUAUUCCUCACGGGAGCCUUCCACAUGGUAGCCUUCCUCAUCCAGGCGUCAUCUGUGAAGAAGACGGUUAUGAAACCAAGGAAAAUUAUCCCUUCGUCAUUCAAACCGUCUACCAUGGGCAUAGAGCAUUCCAUGACAUUUGGGACAUCUCGGACCGAUGCUUUGAGUUUCUCAACUUUGGGCACGACAAGAGCUUUUUCAUAACAGCUGUUGGCUUCAACACUCUCCUCUGUGCAGCAUAUCAUGGGGACGGUGAAAUUGCUCAGAAGUUUCUGGAUAGGUUCCCUGAAUUAGAACGUAGCAUCCCCGACGCCAUGAUCAUUGCGGCCUUCAGUCAUCGAAACGACACGAUGAGCUAUUUUCUCUCCAAGGGGGCUGAUCCCGACUACACACUAGACGAGGCAGUGACGGCCCUAUCGCAUGCAGGUUACCAUGGAUGGGUGGACCAGGUCCAGCUGCUCCUUUCCGCCGGCGCAAGUAUCACCUUGAAAGACGCUGCUGGCAAGACUCCCAUAUGGUACGCUGUUCAGGCGCGCCGGAGGGAGGUGUUGGCGUUAUAUCGGGAGCAUUCACCAGCAGACUUUGACGCUUACAAAAACAAAAUGGGCUUAAAACGCGAAAAGAUUACUAAUGUCCAAGAUGCUGCCUACUGCAAGACCUGCUCAUCUUGGUGGAAGGAUAAACUCAAUAUCUGUAUGUGGUGGGAGUAUGCUCAAACGGCAGAUGCGGUUGCUAGAGCACACAUCGGUCAGCGGACCGGUGUACAUGAGUUCCAGAUCAUGUCUGGCUGA